GUAUUUUUUUUUUAAUGUUUAUUUAUUUUUGAGAGAGAGAAAGUCAGAGGGAGAGUGAGAGAGAGAAUCCCAAGCAGGCUACAUGCCGACAGUGCCUGACAUGGGGCUCGAACUCAUGAAUCAUGAGAUCAUGACCUGAGCCGAAAUCAAGAGUUGGACACUUAACUGAUGAGCCACCCAGGUGCUCCUAAGUAUAGUUUUAUAGAUAACAUUUUAAUUUUAGCAUUAACUAUACAAUUAUCAGCAUAAAAAAUUAGCCUUUGGCCUUACAUAUGUUAUGUCUAGACCUGCACAUAAAUAAACUUACUGGUGAUAUGAAUUCCUUAAUUCUGCAAAAUGUUCCUCAGCUGCCCUGUGCUCUGGUAUGAAUACUGAGGUAAAUGAUAAAUAUCUUUAGAACCAUGAAUUGGAACAGAAAGAAAUUAAGUAAAUAGUUGUUGGGUUGUAUUUAGAACCAUACUUGGAUUAGACAAGAAAUCUAUUUUAUUCAUGUUAUCUGAGAGGAGGAAGGAUUUGACAGGUUAAUUAAUUUGUCUUUUUGCUUACUUCUAAGGCCCUUUGCUGUUCAGAUACUUUAUAAUCUCAGCAGAACUCUCUCUGAAGUUUGCAGUUUCACAGUCCAUAACAGCAAUCUGACAUGGUUGUCUUCUUAAAAAAUACAAAGGAAGAAACAUGUGGGCAACUGUUUUCCUGAGGUUUGAACAGUGUAAGUCAUGAGAAUGGAUUUUUAGGGUUCUACUUUGUCAGUACAGAAUUGUAAGUCACAAGUGUGAUAGAAGCAACUCAUUUCUUUAAUGAAUUUAUUUUUGUGCUAUUUGUUAUUUUGCAGAACUGCUAAAGUGAGAAGCCUGUGGCAGAGACCCUUCUUGCCUGGCCUAAGGGUAGUAAUGCAGUUGAUAAAUAGUUGUGUGAACAAAUAAGAAAAAGCAGAUGUUUAAUCUUCCAUACCUCAAAUUGUUGAAUGCUAUCCAGUCCCAGGGAAAUGUUAAGCCCUCCUAGUGCUGACACAGCCACAGGGAUAUUGGCACAAAUGUAUUAUAAUGCCAGUAAGUUUAAAGAAAGUGCUUUGUGUGGGGAUGUUAAACUCUGGGAGUAAGAGUGAUGCCUUCUUUGGGUUAGAUGAAGGACAUAAAAUAUGACUCCCAUUCUCUAAAAAUCAAAUAUUUUCUAACCUUUAGCAUUAUUUAAGGAGCUCCAUGCUCUGCCUCCUCUCCCAAUUUAUUAUUGCACAGCAGGCUAGAGAGAAGUGUAUUUGCUGCUGUUGUCAGAAUCGUCUGCUGAAAGGUAUUUAUAGCAAAAUGGUUCAUUACAUUGAUUCUAGAGAUUACCUCAGUUCACCAACUUGGCUGAAGACAGGAAUACUUCUGGCUAGCAUACAUAGUUCAUAUGUAGGAUAACUAGGUGCAAAUAUAUUGAAGAAAGGGUACUUUCUGCUUUACCACUGGCAUGAUUUUAACAUCCUCGUGCUGCCUUCUUUUUUUUUUUUAAUAAUGAGAAUAAUAAUAGCGCAUAUAUUAUAGGACUGUGAUGAGGACUACCUGGGUAUUAUGUGUAGUGUGCUUAGAAUAGAGUACAUAGUAAGUACUUACAAAUGUGUAAAUGUUCGUUGCUGUUAUGUCAUCAUUAUAUAUUACUAUUAUUAUUGUUCAGGAGCAUGGGCUUGGGUAUUAGAGAUUGGACAAUGUUGAUUAGAAACUUAAGGCUGGCCUUAACUUAGCCUGAGAUGGGGAUAGACCAUGGUUGGUUUCUUAGUUGUGGGAGUGUGGGCUUUUGUGACUGACCCUGAUAAUUACUUGUUGAGAGGUUGUAGAUUUCAGAGUGUUUCCAUUUUCAUUAGGACUUAUAGAAAACAGGGGAUUCUGAAAUAGGAGCUGUGAAAGCCAAGUGAUGGACUAGUACAUGGAAGGAAGAGUGAGUGUCUGUAGCUACUAGGUGGGGGCGAGUUUGCUUGGGUAAUUAGAACAGUGACUUUCAAAUUUUGUAGACUCUGACCCCCUUUUUUAAAAAAAUUUUUUUUAAUAAACUCUAUUUUUGAGAGAGAGAGAGAGAGAUUGAAGCAAGGGAGGGUCAGAGAGAGAGAGAGGGAGACACAGAGUCUGAAGCAGGCUUGAGGCUCUGAGCUAUGGACACAGAGCCUGAGGCAGGGUUCAGACUAACAAACCAUGAGAUCAUGACCUGAGCCGAAGUCAGAUGCUUAACCUACUGAGCCCCCUAGGCGCCCCUACUCUGACCCUUAAUAACAAAAAGAUUUUAUAUUGCAGCCCAUCACAUGUGUUUGCCCUUGUAUAUUUAUAUGUAUUACCAGUAAUAGAUGUCACAAACAUACAUAUUUCAUAAAACAGUUCUGUGUGAAGCACUCUGAUAUUUUCUAUUCUAUUUCAUUCUGUUUUCCUUUUAAGAAAAUGUUGGUCCUGACUUCCUGAAAUGAUUUUAUGAGUUAAUAAAGAGUUGUGACCUGCAGUUGAAAAGUAUUGGUUGGGGUAUGAAUUAAUCCUUUGAAUGUUACCCUAGAAAAACAGUUUGACAUACUUUGUCAUCUAGAUAAAUGAGUUGGCAGGUGCUCUGAAGCAGGGGACCAAGACUUUUGCUUACUCUGGCUCCCUUAGCUGUUGUUGUUUAGCUCUGCUUGAUCACUUGGCUUUACCUGAGCACUUGGCUUUCUUCAGGCCAGGCUGUUUUUGUCAGAUGGUUUUUUGUGUGUCUGGGCUGAUCUCUACAAUGGGAGCUAGCUCCUUGAGGGCAAGACCUAUAAUAAUAGCUAACGGUUCUGUAGCACUUCUGUGCUAGGCACUUUUCUGUUUUACAUAUAUUAAUCUUCACCACAAUCUAUAGAUAGGUACCUUAAUUAUUUUCAUUCUACAGAUAGGGAAAACAAAGCAUACAAGGUUAAAUAGCUUACACUUCUUUAGAGUUCUUCUGUAGCUUACCUUAAUGUCUUGUGUAACAUCUGCCAUGCAAAUGAUGUUAUUAAUAGUUACUGGUUGAAAUUAAACCAAUACUUUCUGGACUUAUUUUCUUAGCUUCCUAUGGCUUUUCUCACCACAAACUUAUUCAAGUGAUUAGAGAGUAAUAGAAAUUGAAUUAAAAAUGAUGUUAAACUUUGUUUACGGAGGGAGUACAGAGUUUAUUUAAAUCGGUCAAAUUCAGAAUUUGAAUAAUGGCUAUGCUUUGAGUCCUAACAUUAAGACUGUAAUACUUCACCUGACCUGUGCUUGGCAAUGAAUAAUGUUGCAGAAAUGCCCAUGUAUUCUUAGCUCCUUAAUUUACCAAUUUGGGAUCUUAAUAUUCUUUCUUCCAAUCCACCGCCCACUGCAACAGCUGUUCUAUAGUAGCCCACACCUCCAGAGUUAAUGGCAUUUCUGUCACAGUGUGAGUUUUCAAGUUGGUAUUUACGGUUUUGCCAGAGUCUUCACUGCUACCAGGCCUCAGGGUUGGAGGUUGCAACUGACUUGUGGGGGAGGGAGUUUGGUGCUUGUCACUGGGGAGGAACAAGGUGCUCUCUGACGCUCUGAUUUGUUACAGGCGGAGUGUGAAUGAUGUCAGGCAGAUCAGAGGACAGCUGAUUCAUUUGGGAUCUGGGACUCCUCACUGUGCCUCAUUGCUGCCUCCUGGGCUCUUAAGUCUUUUGCAGUGGGGGUGGGGUGGGGGGAUUCUGAAUAUUAUGUUUUAGAAGAACAGUGCUUUAAUUUUUCUCUUAAGUUUGGGAAACCUUUGUAAGUUUCCUUUGGCUUAUAGACUGCAUACCCCUUGUGUGAGAGAACUUCCUGCCAAGACUCCCGAGUGUGAGAGGGCAAAAGCUUGAGUAGCCAGGAAAAUGAUGAAACGAAGGAGAGAGAGACUGGGAGCACCAUGUCUGCGGAUUCAAAUCUCUACUCUUUGCCGAGGAUCUGAAGUAAACCAGCACAUGUUUUCACCCACAUCGGCUCCAGCUCUUUACUUCUCUAAAAUCCCAUUUAGUGCUGAUUAUGCUUUGGCUACUUCUCCUCUUGCCUUUUUCCUGAACCCACAAGUUCACAGCAGUCCUGGCAGUCCCUGUUCCAGCCGCCCACUGCAGUGGAGUUGUCGGACAAGUAACCGUAAGAGUUUGAUUGUGACCUCUAGCACAUCACCUACACUACCACGGCCACACUCACCACUCCAUGGCCACACAGGUAACAGUCCUUUGGAUAGUCCCCGGAAUUUCUCUCCAAAUGCACCUGCUCACUUUUCCUUUGUUCCUGCCCGUAGCCAUGGCCACAGAGCAGACAGGACUGAUGGACGGCGCUGGUCUUUGGCCUCUUUGCCCUCUUCAGGCUAUGGAACCAACACUCCUAGCUCUACUGUCUCAUCAUCAUGUUCCUCACAGGAAAAGCUUCACCAGUUGCCCUUCCAGCCUACAGCUGAUGAGCUGCACUUUUUGACGAAACAUUUCAGCACAGAGAGUGUACCAGAUGAGGAGGGACGGCAGUCCCCAGCCAUGCGGCCCCGUUCUCGCAGCCUCAGUCCUGGACGGUCCCCAGUUUCCUUUGACAGUGAAAUAAUAAUGAUGAAUCAUGUGUACAAAGAAAGAUUUCCCAAGGCCACCGCACAAAUGGAAGAGCGUCUUGCAGAAUUCAUUUCCUCCAACACUCCAGACAGUGUGUUGCCCUUGGCAGAUGGAACCUUGAGCUUUAUUCAUCAUCAGGUGAUUGAGAUGGCCCGAGACUGCCUGGAUAAAUCUCGGAGUCGUCUCAUUACAUCACACUACUUCUAUGAGCUUCAAGAGAAUUUAGAGAAACUUCUGCAAGAUGCUCAUGAGCGCUCAGAGAGUUCAGAAGUGGCUUUUGUGAUGCAGUUGGUGAAGAAGCUGAUGAUUGUCAUUGCCCGCCCAGCUCGGCUCUUGGAAUGCCUGGAGUUUGACCCUGAAGAGUUCUACCACCUGUUAGAAGCAGCCGAGGGCCAUGCCAAAGAGGGACAAGGGAUUAAAUGUGACAUUCCCCGCUACAUCGUUAGUCAACUGGGCCUCACACGGGAUCCCCUAGAGGAAAUGGCCCAGUUGAGCAGCUAUGACAGUCCUGACACUCCAGAGACAGAUGAUUCAGUUGAGGGCCGUGGGGCAUCUCUGACUAAAAAGACACCCUCUGAAGAGGACUUUGAGACCAUUAAGCUCAUCAGCAAUGGCGCCUAUGGGGCUGUAUUCCUGGUGCGGCAUAAGUCCACUCGGCAGCGCUUUGCCAUGAAGAAGGUCAACAAGCAGAACUUGAUCCUACGGAACCAGAUCCAGCAGGCCUUCGUGGAGCGUGACAUACUGACUUUUGCCGAGAACCCCUUUGUCGUCAGCAUGUUCUGCUCCUUUGAGACCAAGCGCCACCUGUGCAUGGUGAUGGAGUAUGUGGAAGGAGGAGACUGUGCUACUCUGCUGAAGAACAUCGGGGCCCUGCCUGUGGACAUGGUGCGUCUGUACUUCGCAGAAACCGUGCUAGCCCUGGAGUACUUACACAACUAUGGCAUCGUGCACCGUGACCUCAAGCCUGACAACCUCCUGAUUACAUCCAUGGGGCACAUCAAGCUUACUGACUUUGGCCUUUCUAAAAUUGGCCUCAUGAGCCUGACAACAAACUUGUAUGAGGGCCACAUUGAAAAGGAUGCCCGGGAGUUCCUGGACAAGCAGGUAUGCGGGACCCCGGAGUACAUUGCGCCUGAGGUGAUCCUGCGUCAGGGCUAUGGGAAGCCAGUGGACUGGUGGGCCAUGGGCAUAAUCCUGUAUGAGUUCCUGGUGGGUUGCGUCCCUUUCUUUGGAGAUACUCCGGAGGAGCUCUUUGGGCAAGUGAUCAGUGAUGAGAUUGUGUGGCCUGAGGGGGAGGAUGCACUGCCGCCAGAUGCCCAGGACCUCACCUCUAAACUGCUCCACCAGAACCCUCUGGAGAGAUUGGGUGCAGGCAGUGCUUCUGAGGUGAAGCAGCAUCCGUUCUUUACUGGUCUGGACUGGACAGGACUUCUUCGCCAGAAGGCUGAAUUUAUUCCUCAACUGGAGUCAGAGGAUGAUACCAGCUACUUUGACACCCGCUCCGAGCGCUACCACCACGUGGACUCAGAGGAUGAGGAAGAAGUGAGUGAGGAUGGCUGCCUGGAGAUCCGCCAGUUCUCAUCGUGCUCUCCAAGGUUCAGCAAGGUGUACAGUAGCAUGGAGCGGCUGUCCCUGCUUGAGGAGCGCCGGGCACCACCCCCCACCAAGCGCAGCCUGAGUGAGGAGAAGGACGACCGCUCUGAUGGCCUGGCAGGGCUGAAGGGCCGAGACCGGAGCUGGGUGAUUGGCUCCCCUGAGAUAUUGCGGAAGAGGCUGUCAGUGUCAGAGUCAUCCCACACGGAGAGUGACUCAAGCCCUCCACUGACAGUGCGACGCCGCUGCUCAGGUCUCCUGGAUGCUCCUCACUUCCCUGAGGGCCCUGAGGAGGCUAGCAGCACCCCCAGGAGGCAGCAGCUGGAGGGUACAUGGCUUCUGACACCCCCAUCUGGAGAAGGGGUAUCUGGGCCUGUCCCUGAACGGCCAGUAGAGCGGCGACUGAAGCUAGAUGAGGAGCCUGUUGGCCAGAGCUGCAGCUCCAGUCCAGGUGUGGCCCAGCAGGUGGCCAGGAGGCCUGGAAUGGAGGACGCUGCAGGCAGGCAGGGGGGUGAGGCUCCACUGCAUUGCAGGUUUCAGUGCUCACUUGGGCCCACAGCUCUGGAGACUCGAGGAGGCCGUGGGACCCCACAGCUGACUGAGGGAGCCACAGCCAAGGCCAUCAGUGACCUGGCGGUACGCAGGGCCCGCCACCGACUGCUCUCCGGGGACUCAGCAGAAAAGCGCACCACUCGCCCCAUCAACAAAGUGAUCAAGUCCGCCUCAGCCACAACCCUGUCCCUCCUCAUUCCUACAGAACACACCUGCUCUCCAUUGGCCAGCCCCAUGUCCCCACAUUCCCAGUCAUCCAACCCAUCAUCCAGGGACUCUUCUCCAAGCAGGGACUUUUUGCCAGCCCUCAGCAGCUCGAGGCCCCCCAUCGUCAUCCACCGAGCUGGCAAGAAGUAUGGCUUCACCUUGCGGGCCAUCCGUGUCUACAUGGGUGACUCAGACGUCUACACUGUGCACCACAUGGUGUGGCACGUGGAGGAUGGAGGUCCAGCCAGUGAGGCAGGGCUUCGUCAGGGUGACCUCAUCACUCAUGUCAACGGGGAGCCUGUGCAUGGACUGGUGCACACAGAAGUGGUGGAGCUGAUUCUGAAGAGUGGAAACAAGGUGUCUAUUUCAACAACGCCCUUGGAGAACACAUCCAUUAAAGUGGGGCCAGCUCGGAAGGGCAGCUAUAAGGCCAAGAUGGCCCGAAGGAGUAAGCGGAGCCGGGGCAAAGAUGGGCAAGAAAGCAAAAAAAGGAGCUCCCUGUUCCGGAAGAUCACCAAGCAGGCAUCCCUGUUGCACACCAGCCGUAGCCUUUCCUCCCUUAACCGCUCCUUAUCAUCAGGGGAGAGCGGGCCAGGCUCUCCUACACACAGCCACAGCCUUUCCCCCCGAUCUCCCACUCAGGGCUACCGGGUGACCCCUGAUGCUCUGCAUUCAGUGGGAGGAAAUUCAUCACAAAGCAGCUCCCCCAGCUCCAGCGUGCCCAGUUCUCCAGCCGGCUCUGGGCACACACGACCCAGCUCCCUGCACGGCCUGGCACCCAAGCUCCAGCGCCAGUACCGCUCUCCGCGGCGCAAGUCGGCCGGCAGCAUCCCUCUGUCACCGCUGGCCCAUACCCCUUCCCCACCGCCAGCAGCUUCACCCCAGCGCUCCCCAUCACCCCUUUCUGGACAUGGAGCCCAGGCCUUCCCCACCAAGCUUCACUUGUCACCUCCUCUGGGCAGGCAGCUCUCACGACCCAAGAGUGCAGAGCCGCCCCGCUCACCACUACUUAAGAGGGUACAGUCAGCUGAGAAACUGGCAGCUGCGCUUGCUGCUUCCGAGAAGAAGCUAGCCACUUCUCGGAAGCAUAGCCUUGACCUGCCCCACCCAGAGCUAAAGAAGGAACUGCCGCCCAGGGAAGUCAGCCCUCUAGAGGUGGUUGGGACCAGGAGUGUGCUGUCUGGGAAAGGGUCACUGCCAGGGAAGGGGGUGCUGCAGCCUUCUCCCUCAUGGGCCCUAGGCGCUCUCCGACAGGACCGGGCUGAACGGCGGGAGUCGCUGCAGAAGCAGGAAGCCAUCCGUGAGGUUGACUCUUCAGAGGAUGACGCCGAGGAGGGGCCGGAGAACAGCCAAGGUGUACAGGAACCGAGCUUGGCACCAAGCCCAGAAGUGGGCCGGGACCCACCCCUCAGAGGAGCAGGAGAGGGUGAGGAAGAGGAUGCCUUCUUGUCUAGGGACCCCAAGAGCCAGGGCUCAGCGGCCCCAGGCCUGUUGACAGAGAUCACACUGAAGGAUCCCGGAAUGGAAGGCCCUAGUGUCCCCCAGAGGAGGCUUGGGAUCCCACAAGCCUUUGAGGAGGCUGCCAGCUCCUCAUCACCGGCCCCCAGCCUAGGUAAGGCUGGACCCACAGACCCUAUCCCUCCUGAAGGCUGCUGGAAGGCCCAGCACUUCCAUACCCAGGCACUAACAGCACUUUGUCCUAGCUCUUCAGGACUUCUCCCUACCAGUCCCUCUGCUGUCGCCUCGACCUCUGGAGAGCCAGGCCCAUGGGCCUGGAAAUUUCUUAUUGAGGGUCCAGACAGGGCAUCCCCAAGCAGAAAGGCAACAAUGGAAGGUGGGAUGGCCAGCUCCCAGGAUUUGGAAACCAUAACUCCAGUCCACUCAGAGAACCUGUCUCCCAGACAGGAGGUGAAGUCAUGGCCACCUGGUGCCCCUGGGCCGGUCCAAACACCUUGUGAGUUUCCCCGCCAAACCUGGCUGUGGGAGCCCGAAUGUGCACAAAUAGAGAAAGAGGAGCCAGCCCUGGGCAUCACCAAAGUGCCUGAUGCCUCAGGUGAUAGGAAGCAGGACAUUCCACGCAGAAGCUGCCCUCUCACCCAGGAGCCUGGGCCCAGCCUGCUCCGGAGAGGCCGAGACCCAGCAGGCCCUCAAAAGCAUCAGGACUUGGCAUUGGUGCCUGAUGAGCUUUUAAAGCAAACCUAACAGUCGUUUGCCAUUUCUUGCACUCAGAUCUGUGUAAUACAUGCUCUUGGAAACCA